UUCUUUAGAAUGCGACUACAGUGCGGUGAGUCUCAUCUAAUGUUCGACUCGCCCAGCUUCCAGGCGUAUUUCUUGGCUGCGAAGAAUGCAGGUGGGUGCUACAAUCUACAACUCUAUGGAGCACCAGGUUGAGGCUCUUAAAUUCUUGAAGAAGGUACACUUCCAGGAAAUUGCAAACGGCAACAGCAGCAUCGAGCUCCGAGGAGACGAUCGAGGUGGUUCGGAAAAAGAAAAGGCUGGUUUGGACAGCAAUUCCUCGGUUAAUCAUGUGUGCGGUAGGAGUAAUUUGAAAAACGACUCGGACUCGACAACAGGUGUGUCAACAAGAAGGGCUGUUCGGACGAUCGCCGAGAGAGCCCGUGACAGUAUUUUCUCAAGGUUAACAGAAAUAGCCUACGAAAUCAUCUCGGUGGAAGAAGAGCUCUGUCGUUCUGCCCCUAAGGAUCAAAGCAUUUCGCUUCACCCCAAGGAUAGCAUUGAGCUGAGGAACAUAUGCGCACGGAUAUCUGCGAGUGAUGCGGGUUGUCUGUCGGAGCGAGACCUGAAAGAACUCGGUCACUGCUUGAGGCGCAUCGUCGACAGCCUGUUGUGUUCUUUCACCCACAACUGCCUCGCGGUCACUAAGGCAACAAACAGACUCAGAGGGAUCUGCGAUAUCUUCCCGGACUUUUGAACAACCUCAGCCACAAGAACAUGUUAAAAGUGACAGGUAGACAUCAGAAGUUAGAAUGUGUGUAAUUAUAUGCAUUGUCAGCAUAACAAACCUUACAUUCCUGCAGUUACUAUGUAGCCUACCUGGUACAGUGUCUACAAGCUAAAGGCAUUCGUCCUGAAUAGCAGGUUUUGUUACUUAUCAAUCCAAAUGAGAUUAAUGCAAAUUCUUUAACUGCUAUAAUCUACCUAGAAAGACUUCAGAAUUGAAAAGCAGGUUUCUCCACUGGCUGUCAGUGCUGCAGGGAAGCUCAGACUGCAAGUUCUUGAGAUGCCAAGCAUUUUUCAGCUGCACGCCUAAGAGCUUCCUGCUGCACUGCCCCGCCUCUCUCAUGCUGUGUUUUUGUUUUAAGAGCUCUCAGGAGGAGUUUAAAUGUAAAAAAAGAAAAGGAAAAAGAAAGAAUGCUUCAAUAAAACCUAAACUUAAGGGAAAAAAAAUCCAGCUGAA